CUGGGUAGGGAGAUGUGGGCUGACGAUAUUUGCAUGCAGCGUGCAUUGAGCUGCAGCGUGGAAGAUCGUUCUUGAACAAUAAGAAAUUUAGAACUUCAGCUGAUCAAGUGUUUUAGAGUUAAGAUGUUUACAAGUCAAGAGCAUAUAGACUAUAAAUGUGGAGCCGAUGGACUUGGAAGAUUAGAAUAUUUACAAGCUUUAGUUACUGAAUAUCAAGACACUUCCAAAGAAGGAAAUAAAGAACAGGUUCUAGCAAACCUGGCAAACUUUGCUUAUGAUCCAAUCAAUUAUGGACAUUUUAAGAAGCUUAAUGUAGCAGAUCUUUUUAUGGAGUCCUGGCGGCCAGGUACCAAAGCAAGAAUCUCCUAAUGGUUAGGCAACAGCCGGGAUCGUAAUCAACACUUCACACAAUGAUUAGGAGAUUAAGCGAGAAAGACCUUUUCAUUAGGUACGCGAUGGCUAAAUUCCUAACAGAAAGAGGUUUAUAAACACAUGGUAUCCCGAACAUUUCUCUAUCAUAUUAAUACCAUCAAACAACUAACCAAAGAUAUAUAAAUAUAUAAAUAAUUUGGCCGCUCACUUAAAGUAAAAAAAAGCUAAAGUCUCCAUGAGUACGAUAACUUACCAAUGUGUUUUAUUGAGCUCGUUACGUUCCCUUGAUAGUCGGCAUUCAAAUUUCCUUUCCMCCUCCUAGAUCUAUUCUUCUUGCACAUGGGUUGAUUAAAGCAGUCUUCUACUUUCCGAAAAUUUGUUCUUGAUGCAUGUUAAUGAAAGUCCAGUUCAGUCUCAACAGUGCAUGACAUAAUUUCACGCUUCAUCGUCUGUGAUGUACGACAUAUCGAUUCUGUACAACAGGCUACAUUUCGAGGUCAUCUUACGAAAGAAGCUCAAGUUUCUUUUCGUCAAUUUUGGAAAAAAAAGAGAAUUUUUGGAAACGUUUUUGAAUGAAUAGCGCCUUUUGUUAGCUUUUUUGCUCGCUGCUUGAGAAACUUAGAUCAAUAUUUAUUUUCUACUCAAGUGUGUUCCUUUCAAGCUUAUCAUCCAUGAUCAAAUCUGUCAAUCAGCAAAUUUCCAUUUAAGCAUUAUGUAUAUUAAUCACCCAGCUCAACUUCAAGGUAGUUUAUUCUUGCAGUUCAGGACAUGUGAUGUUAUGUAUUCUAAAACAUUUCACCUAUUUAUAGAUAUUUGCACGCUAAAAUCUAUCUAAAAUCUGAUUAAUUUGUAAAGUAGGAUUGGUUUACGUGUCCAAUCAAGGUUUUAUGCGAUUCACUCACAAGACCUUAGCGAUGAAACGCAUCAGUUAACUCUACAAGAAUUAAGAAUAGGCCUACUUUUUUAUUUACUUAUUUUUCCCUUCUUCAGAAUGACAAAAACCCCAACCAGGGAAUUGUGAGAAAUGUAUUACAUGAACAUAAUAUUAAAGAGCUCUUGUUCAAAGUAAGAUUUGAAGGAAAAAAAAAGUGUUUUGAAUUAAUGAGGCUGUGGACUAUUUUUAGAACAAGGUUGGGUUGACAAGGUUAAUCUCCUCUGUCAAAUGUUAUUUGUUUAAACAGCGGGAAAUAAAAGUUCCUCUAAUGCCCCUUGGUUUCAUUCUUAAUAUCGAUUGUUUUCAAUGAUGACGGCUUUUUUAAAGUGUCCCUGGUGCCCCUAGUGCCCCUGUGAGCAGUCCAUGAGUAAAAUGAGCAGGGCAGGAGCAAAAAUGAUCGAGCAGCGCAUGAGUAAAAUGAGCAGAACAAGAGGACAUCUCUAUAAUUAUUUAACUACAUUUAAUAAAGUUUCAUAGCAAAAGAUAUGAAAGUUUGCGUAAAGCAUCAUACUCACUUUAGCCUUGGAAAAUUAUGGCGACCCACAAAGGCUUGCCCCUAUUCAAUUUCAGUACUUAAUACAGUAUUUAAUUUCAUGAGACAUUUUGGUAAAAACACGAAAAAGUCAGAGGUUGCUGUGAAGAAGAUACAUAAAAAGCGCAAAAUGUUUUUAUGAAUCCACCUUUAUCAACCUUCAAUCAGUAGAUUGAAGAAAAAAACUUAAGUAAUCCGUUCUGGACUUGGGAGAAAAAAGCUUUUUAGUGAGGGGUGGUUUGUUUUGAUUUUAAAAAGCCAUCCAAUGGGUAUGAAUACUUAUUUUUCUCUUUUUUGUCCUAGUUUUGCUUAACAUUCAAAAUUUUGCUUAUUUUUGACACUAGAAUGAAUGUAAAAGUCAGGAAAAAUAAUAGUUUGUUCCAGCGUUUUAUAUUUUGCCAGCAGUGAUGACUUGAAUAUGGGCAAUUUUCAAUUGAUAAUCAAUGUAAAUUUAGCGAUAACGGUGGUCCAGGAUUUAUGCGCUGUAAAAAAUUAUUUUGAUGAAUUUCGAGAAAAUAAAGUCAUUUUCAUUACUUACUAGUAAUUACCUUUCUGUGGUAAAAGUUUGAGGGAAACUAUUUUCUGACCCGAAAUGCAGU